AUGUCUCAAGUUACUUACGACGUGUACCGUGGCUCCCAGAAUAGAUGGCCUGUCCUGCACACCAUCACCCGUACCAUACAGCCCUCCGAGGUUUUUGUCAAAAUCACCCACUCGGGCAUUUGCAGCACAGACAUGCACUGCAUCCAAGACGAGAUUGCCCUUGGACAUGAAGGUCGAGACCAGUACUGUCCGCAUGUGGAAUUGUACGGCUGGCACGCCCAUGAUACAGGGUCUUUCGCAACUGGCACAGUCUGCGACCAAACCUCCCUUGAACACAUACCCAAAGACAUAGAUUCAGCUGACGCAGCGCCGCUCAUGUGUGCUGGUGCUACUGUAUGGGAGAUUCUGUCCAAACCCAGCAUCAGCCACGGAGACCGGGUUGGCGUGUUGGGCAUUGGCGGACUGGGACAUCUCGCUGUCAAGAUUGGAGCCCAGAUGGGUUACCACGUUGUGGUACUAUCUAGUUCAGAAGCAAAACGGGAUGAAGCCAUGAAGUUCGGCGCGAAGGAGUUCCAUGUCUUGCACAGGGGCGAGCCAGUGUCAGAGGAAAUUGCACCGUUGAAUCACUUGUUGUUGUGCACAAGUGGAAGAGUGAAUUAUGACCAGUAA